AUGUCUGGGUGGUCAGAGCCAGGCUCUCUCCAGGCAUUUGUGUGUGUCUUUUCCUGGUUGGAUACCUGUUUAGCUUGGGUGUUGUGUUUUACUUUGCUAUGUUUGUUGGCUUCCCAGUUUUGGAAGGUUUUGUUGUUAUGGUCUUGGCUGAGUGGGUGUGAAGAACGCUGGCUUAAUUCUAGUAAAUUGAUUUUUACUGUUAAAACUGUUGUCAAAGGAGUUUUAAAAGCAAAAACAUUAUUUGUACCCCAUUUUUAUACAUUCAAGGGACACCGUUGGGUAUUUGAGUUCCUACAUGAGUGUGUUUAUACUUUCUCUGGUUCACGGACGGCGUCCUUUCACCUCCGCUGUCAGCUCUCUUUCUCGGGUUUUAUUUUCCUCGGCCCUUCUGUGUCUGGAAGUGCAGUCCCCGCGGACUCUGUGUAUCUUUGCAGUGUGUAUUCCUGUGACAACCUCUGA